AAAGAGACAAAAAGAAAGGGAAGAGGCUCAACUACCCUUUUCCUAGUUUGUUUGUUUGCCUUUUUCCUCCUCUUCUCCUUUCCCCUCUCUCUUUUUUUCCCCCCUUUUCCAGGGGUGGGCCCGGAGGUGCGAGGCCUCCGCCCCUCCCCACGUGAACCGGGGCCUUUCCGGCCUUUCCGGCCGCUGCAGCCCCGCGGGUCCGGAGGAUUUUUCCCAGGACCCUCGAGCACCAGUGCCUCUUCUCUCCGGUUUGGGGGUGUCCCCUCAGCCAUGGCACCCCCCAUGAUUCAGUCGUGGAUCAGCCACUCGGGGCCGAAGCUGGAAGUUUUCGUCCCGUUCCUGGGCAAAUACCACCGGCCGGUUUCGGGGCGCUGCUGCCAGGCCUGCACCCCCAGGAGCUGGGAUGGAUUCUACCCCGAGGACCUCGCCGCGCUCGGGUUCCGCGACGCCAGCCGCGUGACGGAGGCGGACACGCGGUUCCGGGGCUGGCUGGUGCGGAGGGUUUGUGGAUUCCUGGCAGCCUGGGAGUGGAAAAUUCCAGCAGAGAGCCCCGGGGAGCUCCUGGUGCGGAUCUGCAGCAACAGGAGGGUGCAGAGUGCUGCCUCCGGCCGGGAGCCUGGCUCCAGAGGGGAUGAGGGAUCCCAGCGGCGCUGGAAGGAGGAGAUCUGCCAGAUCCUGGGGGAAAUCCAGGCCCCGCUCUCCCCUCUGCUGCUGAGGCUGUGCCACUGGCUGCUGCCCAAGCUCCUGACCCGUCUGUUCCUGGGCGUGCAGCUGCACCAGGGGCAGCUGGAGAUGGUGCUGCGAGCUGCCAGGACGCCCGAGGUGCCGCUGGUGUUCCUGUGCAGCCACCAGUCCGCGGUGGAUGGGCCGCUGCUGUCCUUCGUGCUCCUGUCCCAGCGCAUCGGGCUGCCCAGGGUGGCCGUGGGCGCCGGGACCAGCCCCCGCCUGCGAUCCCUGCUCCAACGCCUGGGAGGGAUUUUCCUGCCUUCAGGAGUGGCGCCGACCUGGAGUGACGUGGAUGAGGGGCUCCCGGGGGCUGUGCUGGACGCGUAUGUGCAGGAGGUGCUGCGGAGCCGCCAGCCCCUGGUCCUGUUCCUGGAGGAGCCCUCGGCCGCCCUGCGGCUGGCGGCCCCCGCCCGGCGCUGGCUGCUGCGCCUGCUGCGGGCGCUGCGGGACGGAGCCGUGCCCGACGUGCUGCUGGUCCCGGUGGGCAUCGCCUACGACGUGGCUCCUGGCGGCGUGGAGCAGGACGGGGCGCCCCCUCAGCCCCUGGGGAUCGGCUCGUGUCUCCGGGCAGCGUUCCGGGCCCUGCGCUGCCGGCACCGCGGCUGUGCCCAGGUGGACUUCUCCCAGCCCUUCUCCUUACGGGAAUUUGUGGACAACAACCUCGUCGGGCCAGUCCUCACAGGGAAUCAUCCAGAGCAGCUGCUGCUUCCCGCCAUCCUGGGCAGGAGCCCGCUGGAUGUGGGGAGCGUGGGGACUCCGAGGCCCAGUUUGGGGACGGAAGAGGAGAUUUUGGUGACGGCGCUGGGGCUGCAUGCCCUGAGCGAUUCCAGCGCCUGCUCCGCCGUCACGGCUGUGGGAAUCACCGCGGCGCUGCUGCUCCACAGGCACCGGGAGAACCCCGCUCUGUUCCCCCAGCUCGUGCUGCUGCCCCGGCUGAUGAGGGAUUUCUCGGAGCUGCUGGAGCAGCUCCUGCUGCGGGGCCGGGCCGUGGGCUUCUCGGGGCAGCUGCGGGCGCUGGUGGAGCACAGCCUGCGGCUGCUGCAGCCCCCCCCGGGCCCCCCAAGCCCUCCGGGGCCCCCCAAAGCCUCGGCCCGGGCACGGCUGGGGCGGCUGGCGGCGGGGAUCCGGCACCACCUGGCCAGGGAGGCCGUGGGCGCCUGUGCCAUCCGUGCCCUGCUGCUGGAGCUGCUGCCUGUCCUGGGGCCGCCCUCCAGCCUCACCAGGAUCGUGCUGAGCCGGGACGAGCUGCUCCGCAAGAUCCUGCAGUUGCUGCAGCUGCUGCGCCCGACCCUGCUGGGGCUCCAGCCCUGCCAGCCUCCCGACUGCCACAGCCUGGACAUCCUGGACAAGCUCAUCCUCAGGGGGCUGCUGGAGGAGGAGGUGGCGGAGGGUGAGCGCAGGGGCUGUGACGUGGCUCCCCGGCGCUUCUGGCAGGGACAUUCCUUGGGCUUCUUCACCGACGACAGCGACAGUGACAGCGAGCAGGGGCUCCCCAAGCAGUGCUACAAGCUCCGCGAGCCCCAGGGCUUCCCUGGCUUCCUCCUCUUCCUCUGCCGCCUGCUGAGCCCCGUGCUGCAGACCUACGGCCGGGCGGUGCAGUUCCUGCAGCGAGCCCCCUGGCCCCAGCCCGAGGAAGACUACGUGGAGGCACUGCUGGAAUUCCUGGCUGAGGAUGAGGAUGGUGAGUCAAGGGGGGGCAGGUCUUGCUUUAGUGACCCCCCGAGCCAGGCUGAGGGUCCUGGAGGGGUGACAUUUGGGGGUUCCCUGGGGAUCUCUCUGCCCACAGGCUAUCCUGACAGGAGCCUGGCCCUGAGCUCCCUGCAGAGUUUCAAGGACAUGGGGGUGCUGGAGGAGCUGCAGACCCCCACAGGACGCGCCCUGCAGCUCUCCCAGCCUUUCCAGUCUGCGUCCAGCCGGGAGAAGCUGGCAGCCUUCAUCCAGCAGUUCACCCAGCUGUAGCCCCCAGACCCAUAAAGGGGCGCGGUGACCCA